CAAACGUGCUCCCAGAAUGACCAGUGAUGAAAAACUGUUAUUAAUUAAAUUAGUUAAUGAACAUAAAGAUGUGAUCGAAAGUAAAACAACUGACAAAGUCUCUUUGAACGAUAAGGAGGAAGUAUGGAAAAUAAUAACUGGACCAUUUAAUCAAGACUUUUCUUCUAGAUCUUCUGUUAAUUUACAAUCAGUUUGGAAAAAUAUAAAAUUGUUAGCCAAAGAAUAUUCACAAAAAUUGCGAAAACAAAGCAUGGGAACAGGUGGCGGGGGAAUGAUUAUCUCUAACAAUUCUAUCUUCGAUGCAGCUCUAAACAUAAUGAAUAAUGUGACAGUACAAGGACAGAGUAAUGAAUUUGACAACGAUGCUGAAGAAAUGACAGUUGAUGAAAUUUUUACUUUGGAUGGCGAAGAUGAUUCAGAUGAUGAAGUAUUUGAAUAUUUGUUAAAGAACAACAACGUUAAAGAUUGGAAAAAAGGUAAUCCAUCCAAUCUCAAAUCAUAAGUAAGCGCACCUUUGAAGGUUAAAAGUACAUCUUUUCAUAACAAAUGUAACAACGAACAAAAACCAUAUAGUAAACUUUCUGAUAAAUCAGUAUCUAUCAAACCCAAGGAUGAAUUAGCGUCAGUUCUCUUACAAAACGCCCAAGAAAAACAUGAAUAUGAAAUUGAAUUGUUAAAACUACAGAUAGAAAAGGAACAACUACUGGUUAGAAAAUUAGAAGAAAAACGAUUAGAAAGUUUGAGUGAUAAAGAUGAAGAGGAUGUUUAGAAAAACUUGAUGUUACUCAAGCCGAUGAUUUCAAAAUGUCAAAACUUCGUUUUAUCGAUUAUGAGAAUUAUUUCAAUUCCAAUGAUUGGAAAGACGUGGAGGACCCCAGUUACUACGAUAAUUUUUUGGUUGUUGCUAACAAUUGUCACUUCCGCCCACGUAAGUCUAUGGCAGAGAUUAUUGUUCGAUUCACUACUCUCUGUGCUGAGUUUGCUAGCUACAAAGAAGAAUUUAA